AUGAAGGACAUCGAAGAAAAGUACACCAUGUUUGAGGGUAACUCGACCAUCUACAACCUCUCGUCGGCGGAGAACAUGACGGACAGGAACAUCUCUUUGGACUACCUCAACGUGACGAAUGAGGUGCCUAUCCAGUUCGCCGAGCCGAUGUACGGCUAUAUCAUGCCCGUUCUCCUCCUCGUCACGAUCAUCGCCAACACCCUCAUCGUGGUGGUCCUGUCCAAGAGGCACAUGCGGACGCCGACCAACGCAGUCCUGAUGGCUAUGGCUCUGUCAGACAUGUUCACACUACUCUUCCCCGCCCCGUGGCUCUUCUACAUGUACACCUUCGGCAACCACUACAAGCCCCUAAGCCCGGUAGGUGGCGCCUGCUACGCAUGGAGCAUCAUGAAUGAAGUCGUACCCGCUCUCUUUCACACAGCUUCUAUCUGGCUCACUCUCGCUUUGGCUGUCCAGAGGUAUAUUUACGUUUGCCACGCUCCAGUAGCCAGGACAUGGUGUACGAUGCCGAGAGUUCUCAAGUGCAUCGCCUGGAUUUCAUUCAUCGCUACACUCCAUCAGUCAACCCGAUUCAUUGAUAGGGAAUAUCUUCCAGUCAACAUUUCUUGGGGUAAUCAAGAAAAUGUUACAGUCUGUAGGGUCCAGUUCGCCCACUGGGUGGAAAAGGGAAUCUCUCCGGACGUUUACUUCAUCAUCUACUAUCUGUUCCGGGUGGUGUUCGUGCACGCGGUGCCAUGCGUUUCCCUGGUAGCCCUCAACCUCCUCCUCUUCCGCGCCUUGAGGAAGGCUCAGGAGAAGCGAGACAAACUCUUCAAGGAGAACCGGAAGAGCGAGUGCAAGAGGCUGAGGGACUCCAACUGCACGACUCUUAUGUUGAUCGUCGUUGUAACUGUCUUCCUUGUUACAGAGAUUCCAUUGGCAGUUGUAACGGUCUUACACGUAAUAUCAAGUAGCGUGACAGAGAUCCUUGACUACUCAGUGGCGAACGCGCUGGUUCUCUUUACCAACUUCUUCAUAAUCGUCAGCUACCCGAUCAACUUCGCCAUCUACUGCGGCAUGUCCCGCCAGUUCAGGGAGACCUUCAAGGAACUUUUCAUCCGAGGCGCUGUCCAGGUGACGAGGCGGAAUGGCGGAGGAUCAUCCAAGUACUCGUUAGUCAACGGGCCAAGAACAUCCACGAACGAAACUGUCCUCUAAAGGAAUAGAAAUUCAAUGACAGUCAGAAAAAUAGAAAAGGUUGAAGUGGAACUUUAAGAUGGAAAGUUCAAUGAUAAGAUGAGUGUGGUUUAUAUGCUGAUAAGGAUAAGAUUGUGAUAUGUGUAUAUAAAAACGUGCUUAUAGCUCAUAUUACCAUGGCUUUUUAAAAACUGACAUAUGUGUCAAUCUAAACUAGUUCUUUUUUGAACUUUACAAAGUAGUUGUUUUUAAAUUUUACAAAUAACUUGAGUAAAAUAAGCACUGUUACUGAUGUAAAUUUCACAUAAUGUAGUCUCUGUGCCAUCAGUAUAAUUAUUAUUAUUUAUUAUUAAUUAUUUACAAUCACAGUUUGAGGCCAGAUGUUCAUAAAAUUUUUAAAAAGCACAAUAUUGUAUUUAAAAAAUUAAAUAUUUAUUCAAUGUUACUCUUAUUAAUUUCAUAUGUAUGAUUCAUGUAUGUAAUGUAAAAGCAAUCAAUAAUCUAUUUUGAACUAGAGGUCAUAUUUCAUUUAAUAGAGUUAUUGCAAAUGUAUAAACAUCUAUAGGCAAAUAACUUUUGAAAAACCCUAUGUGAAUGGACCUUCGUCUGUGAGAUUAAACCAAAAUCUUGUUGAUUGUUCCAUCUAGAAUUUUUUUUUUUGAACAUUUUAUUUUUUUACAGCCAUAUGUUCAUAUUCAAAAGCUGGUUAUUACUUCAAUAAUAAAAAGCUGGCUUGCGAACUGAAACGGUCUCACUUAGGUUGUUUAUCUGUGCAUAUAUAUAUUUUCGUAUAUACAAAAAAAAGACACACCAUUGUAAUUUUGAAGAAUCCCUGAUCAUAAAAAAAAAUAACUAAAUUAUUUUUAAGUAGUACAUAAAUGCAGUAUUUCAUUAUUUGAUUAGAAAACUCUCUAAUGUACAUUAUUGUAAAUUGUCCAGAAUAUACAUUAGAAGAUUUCAAAUGAAGUUCUCCUGUGUUGUUUUGGGGUAACUUAAAUGUUAAAUGAAAACAAAUUUGAACUUAAACUUAACAGAAUAAGAGCUUCUUCUUAAUGUUAGAGAUUGGUCUUCGGACCUUGACCAGUUUUAGUUCUUCUUGAUAGGUAUUGUUUCUUUAUAUCAUUGUUAUCAUUCUAUUACAUAAAUUAAAUGCCUCUUUUUUACUAAUA